AUGAAUCCAAGCGAAACCACCGAGUCUAGAUCAGCAGUAGCAAAGGGAUUCGUGCCAGAUCCAUCACCCGUGGUUGUUCCCGGCGCACCGAAGGCCUUCUUCUUCAAAACUGAGCGUGAGAUGGAUGGAAGCGUGCGGAGAGGACGGAAGCCUUCGCGGAGCUCGAUGGUCCCACAGGCGGCUGCGCAGGAUACGCUUCACGACGACAGGGCAUUGGUACAGAACUUAGAGGAGGCAAUGAACGCGCUGCAGCCCGGGCCCGAAGAAAAUGCGUCGAGAACGACUAGCAUCAGUACCGAUCGAUCUUCCGAAGCCAACAUCGAGGUGGCCCAUGCGACAUCACCGGCGAACGGCAAACGUAGGGCAAGGAAUCCAGUGCAUCCGUCAAUACGGUCAGCUGGCGAGCGGAUCAUUUCUAGCGAACGUGCGCCUGCACAUGCUGCAUCAGCACUACCAAUACUUCCGGAUUCGCCUUUUCGAAAUCCACRCCUACGUCGAAACUCGACAGCAUCUCCGAUCAACAUGACGCCAAUGAGAAUGAGCCCGCAACGAGUAUCAGCCGCGCCUAGCACACCACGAUCUGGAUCUCCAAGGUCAUUCCAGCUUAGCGACAUGGAGAGUAACGCCGAAGAUAAUAGCAGCCAAGCUGUUCAAUCUUCCAGUAGCGACGAUAGCCUAGCACACAUGCCGCAGCUGGUCAUGCCUAGCCUGACGAUGCCAGCGCGCCGUGCCUUCACGGAACAGGGAAAGCAUAUAGGCCGAGCAAGAUUCCUGGUAGUAGGCCAACGAAGAGGUGUUGGGUGUACCUCUCUGAUCAAUAACAUUUUACGGUCCAGUGAGCAUGUCGUUCAUGUUGACCACAUCGCAACACACGCAUCCUUCGAUACGGAUAGCUCCGAUCUGUUGUCUACUUCUGGCGGCACGGACAACACGGAUGCCAAUACAGAGUCCGACGAAGUGCCAUCACGUCAAUUUWCAGAGUAUCUGGCUUCGACGAGAAUGCUGCCGAGCUGGAGAUCGCAGGGGGCGCAAUCUGAUCUAAGGCGAACAUCUCCCAGAAAAUUCAGCAUAAGCGAAGGCACGUUGGACCGCAAUCUSACCUUUAUCGAAGCCCCAAGUCUCGACGACGAUGUAGCUGUCAAAGCAGUGCUUGAUCAUUUCCAUGCAUGUCUGCAUCGGAGUGCGCACAUGGAGAGCAUGACUGAUAAUGAGAUUGUCAGCAUGUUGAGCGGGGACGGUGGCUGCCAUGUGACCGCCAUCAUUUAUCUUUGUGAUCCGAUCCUGUCGAAAACACCCCUUUCAGGACUGUCACUCGCGCACCAAGACUUCCUGAGGCGCGCUUCGAAGUAUGCCAACCUCGUGCCCGUCAUCGGAAAAGCCGAUACUGUUCCACCAGACGCGCUCCAGCUUYGCAAAGAGCAGAUAACCACGUUGAUGGGGCUUGUUCAAGGCACGCAGUACCUGUACCCGGGAUUGACUGGCAGCUCCACACCUCGGGAACCUCUAGCAAUCUCAUCCCUACCUGGCGAUGACAGCGACACGAUCGAUGCGAGCAUACUGAUGUCUUCACAGUACCUGGCGCCUCUGGUCUCUAGCGAACUAGGCCAGUUUGUCGAGAAUCUGUUGGAGCCCGAGUCAAUAGCACGCAUGCGGUAUGAAAGCUCCUGGAAAGUCCUGGCCUGGCGAACCGAAUACCUGGGACUUGCUCUCGAGCAGCAGAGGCCAGCGCGUCUAUUAUCUCCGCAGCCUGAGUAUCACGCCACCGAUAUUGCUAGCGAUGUCAGCUUCCCAGAAAACACUUUCAAGACAACACUACCGCGUCCAGCAUCCAGCAUUAGUAGACCGGGCUCUCCUGCUGGGCCAGACCAUUUGACGCGUCUUGAAGCGGCAGCCAUGGGAACGUCUGCAUUGGCGAGAUACAACGAGCAAGCACAGCCCACGGAGCCAUACCGUCAAGUGCGGCUCGCCAAAUGGGCGAGAGACCUUCAAAACAGUCUGCAGAACCAGUCCCGAAGAUAUCAAAAGAUCUAUCAACUUCCGGUAGCAGACUGGGCACUCAACGAGGGCGACUUUGAUCACGCACUUAUGACUACCAAAGGUGAGUAUCGACCAGCGCGUGGGCACCUGGGUGGUGAGAUUGGAGUCAUCGAUCCUCGUGAUCCUCUAGGUAUGCUGGCUUUUGCACAGGCGUUCAGACACAGAGGCCUUUGGGUGGUGCAGGUUGUGGGAGGCUGCGGCGUCGUAGGCGCUGUCUUUUACCUUGCUGCGAAGACUUGGCCGGAUGUCUUGGAGUUUGUUGGUCUUUCUUCGCCGGCUGAGAUGGUCGUCACCACAGCCGUGCCUCCGCCAGUGUCAAGAGAACAAGGGCUGCUCAUGCGCUGGCUUGCUGAUGCUCCGCUGCUAGGCUGGGGUAGGCAUUGA